GUCUGAAAACCCAGCUAUCAAUCGCUUUGUUUCGUAUCAUCAGCUCCCCCUCUCCCAACGUCUUACUUAUGACAACCUCCCCCCUUGAAACAUCCCCUUCUUUCGCUAUAUCUCUUAAACGCUCGUCGUCUUUUGCUGAACCACUCCCUCAUAAACUUCCACGCAUGACUCUCAGUCGCACCGUCUCAUAUUUGUCCUUGGCCGACUGUCACAUUGAAAAUCAGUCGGAGCUACAGCUUUCUUCUCCAUCAUCAUUCACUCCCAACGCCCCUAGUCGCGUUCCAUACAGUCGCACCCUUCGUCAUUAUAAAGAGCAGAAAGAGCGACGGAAGCACCAAUUGAAUCGCAGUCGCCCAGAGUUCACAAUCACACCUGCUCCAUCUCCAUCUCCUCCCAAAGCCUCGCCCCCCACCCCCAAAGCAUCUCCCACCCCUAUGCAUUGUCCUCGUGCCUCUUCACCACUCGCCCCAAAUCGGAAGCCACUUCCUCCACGAGCAUCAUUUCCUCGCUCCAAGCAGGAGCCAGAUUUAUACCGGGUGGCGAUUAAGACGAGAAUGCGAUGUUCACAGGAAGGAGAAAAGAUUCUUCUAAUGGGCCCACGGAUGGCACUCUCAAUACUAUCUGCGACUAAAGAGCUGGAGAAAAUCGUCGCCUCCCAGAUGGACGUUGACCGUGAUUUAUCAAUGGCCAAGGAUGACUGGGAAAUGCUGGGAAUUAGUGUUUGACUGCAUGGGAGUUUCUAUCUAUGAGGAGGCAUUUUGGUUGUGAGUUAUCAUUAUUCAUUUAGAGCGGAAACUGUUGAGGUGGAUAUGUAUAUACACACUUUUCGUUGGAGGAAUUGGGACAUUGUAUCACUGUUGUAUUCACUUAAAAUUAUGCAUUUGUAGUUUUCUCUAGCUUUUACAUUAAUGCUGUACACUGUUCUGUCUAUC